UAUCAUUUCUACAAUUCGAAUUCAUUAUGAGGUUUCUUAUCUUUGUAACUUUCUUAGUCGGAGUAUUAUAUGCAGCAAAGUCUAAGAAGUCUAAGGGUGGGACCAAGCAGCUGUUACAGGCGAUAAAAGAUGAGCUGAGUGAGCUCAAGGAAGGACAAGAGGUACUCGGAGAGAAGAUUCAGUCCCUUGACGAGGGACAAGGGGUACUCGGAGAGAAGAUUCAGUCCCUUGAUGACGGACAAGGGGUACUUGGAGAGAAGAUUCAGUCACUCGAAAAAAAGCUAGAAAAGGCGGGGACCUGGCGCCUGGGGAUGAACAUCAAUCCUGCUGACGGACACAUAUUCGGAUACACUGUCGGAUGGGCCACUGGUAUUGAUAUUGGAAGUGAUGAUGAAGCCCUAACCAAGGACUACUUGAGUGCAAACGUGUGGGUUACACCAGCAAACUACAUCGCUAUUGUGAGACAUCAGCGAGGUGUUGUGGAUGCUGUCAAGGUCUUCAAGUUCAAAGUCUUGGGAGAAUCAUUCAGUACAAGGUUCGGGCUGAAAAACAUGAACCCGGGCAGACAAAUUGUUACUCAAGGAGGGCCAAUCCAGGAGUCAAUUGCCGAUGAUGCUGAUAAUUUGGGAGACGAUCCUAUAUUCUCUGUUGGUGGAGACCUCGCUUUUAAUUGGGCAUAUAGCAAUAACGGCUGUAGGAUUGUACUCACUGGAGGACACCUCUCUGGAGCUGGUGUGAAUGACGACAACACACACGGCCUUGGAAAUGACUUUGCCAUCAACCCACUCACAAACACCAUUCUCAGUAAAGACUGGCCCCAUGACAUUUCGAACAUACAGGACUGUCCGGUUCAAACCUGUAAGGACGUGAGACUACAGGGAACAGAUCAUGGAGCAGGACCACAUUUGAAAAGUGGACCCGUUUACGGGAACUAUGCAAUCUAUGUUUCAUUUGACUCGGAGAAGUUCCCCCUGCCUGGUGACAAGCUUAGUCUGAAGAUUGAGAUGUAGAGGGACUACUUUACAAGGAAGGACGAUGGACUGAAUGAUAUAGAUAUCUAGAAUAUUCUAUAAAUUCCUGACACAAAUCCUCUUUUUCGUGAGAAUCUUUCCGCAACAAUUGUGAUGUGACUCCAUGAUUUUUAUUCCAUUAUAUUCAAUAA